UGCUACAGAUAGGCUGGAUGACAUUCCAGUUGGAUACUGGUUGGAACCACUAUUUUGUAGCAAAACAAGCAGUCAAUUUAACUAUCUGAAUGCUUUCGGAGACAAAUGGUCCAAAGUAAUAAUUCACAUACUAUAUGAGAGAAACCAACAUUCAUUUUACAUAUUUUUUUUCUAGUGGGGGAGCGUUUUUUAAUGAUUGUAAAAUGAGUUUUCAUUUCCAAUCUAAGAUCUGAAAUCCUUGAGUCAAUGAAAAAUUAUAUCCACCUCUUUUUUGAAAAAUUAUAUCCACCUCUUAAAUUGUUUAUGAAGAAAGAAAGUGCAGUCUGAACCCACCCACGGUUAGUUAUUUUACCGUUCCAAAAACUGAACGGAGUACCCCCGUCAUUCAGAUUGCAAGAAAAGUAUCCUGGGGCAAGCUCUCUAUUGAGAUGAACGUACGAAUGGAAUCCGGACAUAUCAAGUUUCAUAAUCGUUGUAAAUUCAGAAGAUGCAUUUGAAUAUUGAGACACGGCUAACUUCACACAUCAUGAUUCAAAUCUGGUGCUCCUACUUACAUGAAUACACUCUUUUUUUAGGGAAGACCAUCAUGACUAGUUUUAUUGGAACUUAAGCAGAAAUUACAUCAUCCACAAGACUGGAAACAAGACAAGCCGGAGGCUCGUCUGUCCAGUUGCUAGAAAGCUUAUUACAAAAACUAUAGUUAGCUAGCACAUGCGCUGCUUGAUUACAUGAAUACACUCUUUGUUUCCAAAUAGUAUUUAAACUGCCAAAAUGUUUUACACUUAAAAAAAUAAAAUCGGAUGGAGGGAUGGUUGUAAUUUGGGAGGGACAUUUGUUUGUUUUCCUUAUAACAACCACGAAAAGGAAAAUCACUCACGAGCAGUACAGCAGCGGUGCCUAGAACUAGACUAGGCCCCGCCACUCUCUUGACUGCCGUGCCGUCAGCUCCAUCACUCUCUACCACUCGUAUCGUCUUGUCAAGCAGAGCAAACAGAAGCAGCAUAUUAGGCACACCGUGGGAAGAAAGAGAAGCAGCAUAGAGCAGCGGAGGAGGAGAAGAAGGGGUCCAUGGGGAACAUCCUGAGGUCCCUUCAGCCCCGGCAGCAGCAGCAGCAGGAGGAGGAACCCCUGGAUCCCCAUGGCCUCGCGCCGGCCGCCGCCGCCAUCGCCGCCCUGACGUGCGACCUCAGCAGCUUUGAAUCCUCAUCCAUGGUUCCGGAAGGGCUCGGACAGCACGUCACUUCGUCCCAGAAAGCACAGAUUAAUUGGUACAAGUGUAUUUUGGAAGCAUACAGGAACACAACCCCACCGAGAACACCAGCAGAGGCUGCCCAGCUAGUUGCGACAGCCCUAAACUGGAUCCCAAGAGUUGAUUUGGAGGCUAUUCUUGAAUUUUACAACUUCCCGAUCCCAACAAGCGAAGCAGCAUUCUCAAACCAACUUCCAACGGCACUUCCAGAUGGCGUGCAGUUUGUGCUGAACACUUUGCCGGUUAAUGCAAAGUGCAUUGGAGAUGGUGAUGGCUUUACUGCUUAUGUUGCUGUAAUGGAUGAUCCCAGGGAGUCGGCAAAUGUACCACAAAAAGUGUAUGAGAUGGUGACUGAAAGGACUCAAGCACGCAUCCGUAGGGAUUACGACAGGGCUGAUACUCUUCGGAGUACCAUUGACGAAGCUGGAUACAAGAUAAUAAUCCGUUCAGGCAGUGAGAUCCUUGCAAGGAAAUACCGAAUCAGAAUGAGGGGAAUAGAUGCACCAGAGCUGAAGAUGCCAUAUGGGAAGGAAUCAAAGGAUGCUUUGGUGAAGCUCAUUGGUGGGAAAAGCACCAGAAUUUAUGUGUAUGAGCAGGACCAAUUUGGCCGAUAUGUUGGCGACAUCUAUUGCGACAGUGUGUUCAUCCAGGAGCAGAUGCUGAAGAAUGGUCAUGCAUGGUAUUUCAAAAAUUAUGAUUCACGCCGAGAGUUUUCUGAAUGGGAGAAAAAGGCAAGAGCUGCGUGCCAAGGGCUUUGGGCGUUAAAUAACCCUGAGAAGCCGUGGGACUGGAGAAGAGACGAGCGCAAUGGAAGACACAUCACUACUGAGAAGAUGUUCGCAAAGGUUGCUUGGUUGGGAGCCUUGCUACUUGGAGGAAGAUAUUUGAAGAAAUUGGCGAGCUUCUUAUGGGAGAAGAUUGUCAUGGGGGGUCACGCGGAUUAGGAGAAGGCAACAAAACUUUACAAGGCGGGGAGGCGGGCGUACAACCAGCCCAUGGGACCCCAAUUUUGCUACGCAUUUCACAUGAUGUGUGCGCCGAACUGGCGGUCGUAGUUUGUUGUUUGUUGAUGAGCUGAGGCUCAUUUCUCUUGUGUUGGGACGGCUAGAUUUCACAAGCUAGUGAUACUUCACUUGUGAAAUUUCCAUGUAACUCUACCAACUAGUUGUAUCUUGGGGAUGUGGCUCCCAAUAUAAGGGCAACUCCAACGCCGUGCACCAAAACGGAAACACCAAGGGCGUGUUUGGUUGCCCGCAUUGA